AUGAUGGAUGGGCGAGUUGGUGCCAUCCGUGAUGCACUUGAUGAAGCCGGAUUUACCAAUGUGGGCAUCAUGGCAUACAGUGCCAAGUAUGCCUCGGCCUUCUAUGGGCCUUUCAGAGAGGCAUUGGACUCCAACCCGGUCAUCGCGGAAGACUGGCAGGUGCCAAAAGGGAAGGAAACCUACCAGCAGGAUCCGGCCAACUACAAGGAAGCUUUGCUGGAGGCAGCACUCGACGAGGAAGAGGGUGCGGACAUACUGAUGGUAAAGCCAGCUAUGCCGUACCUCGACAUCAUCAAGGGCUUGCAUGAGCAGAGCAACUUGCCAAUUGCCGCCUAUCAUGUCUCCGGAGAAUAUGCCAUGCUCAAGGCUGCAGCUCUCAAUGGCUGGCUCGAUGAGAAGGCGGUUGUUCUGGAGGCCCUUCUCUCCAUCAGACGUGCCGGCGCCACGGUCAUCCUUACCUACUACGCCAAGCAGGCGGCGCGAUGGCUGCAAGAGGAUGCCUGA